AUAAUUUUAUUACUUUCUUUUUAAUAUAACAUGAAUAGCAUGAAGUUCCAAUUUUGCUCGAGAGUUCACAAUUACCACUUUAAAGGGCUGCAAACUAAUCACAUUUCAUCCUCGACAGCCCAACUUUACAGAUGAAGGGAGAGGAAUGCUAACUUGCCUAUGCUAACCCGCAGAGCUCCGAAUCCUCCGGUAGCGCCUCCGCUGUAAUCCACCCAGUGCUUCCCUCCAGGCCCAUCUCCCUCUCGUGCGCGCGGAAGUUUCGGUUUCCUUUUACGUAGGCCGCCCCAAUCGUAAAACAAAGUCCGCGAUCCUCUAGCCCGCAAGAGAGCUCCGGGAUUCAGAUCCUGGGCGCGAGGUCCCGCGAGCGGCGGGGCGGCGCUGUCGCAGGCCUCCUCCCUGGCAAGGGCCGCGGCAGGGGGAGGAGGCAGCGCGAGCAGUCCACGCCCUCCUGCCGGGCGCGCUCGACACGGACGGCGGACGGCUGACCAGCUCCCGGAGCGCGGCGAGCCCAGAGGACCCACAGCUGGGGCGCCACAGCGCGGCCAUCCGGGCGGGGCCGAGGGAGCGCGGCGGGACUCGGCUGGACGGCGCGGCCACGGAGACGGGCGCGGUGAGCGGGCUGGCACCGCGCGGGAAAAACUCCGGGGGCCGCUGCGCUCAGUCCCGGCGACCCCCUAGUCGGGGUUCGCGCGCCGUCCCCCGGCACGCCCCGGCAAGGCUGCCGCAGCGUCGGAGUAAUCCCCAACCCUCCGCCGCGGCUUCGUCCCUCACCCAGGCCUCCAGACGUUUGCCGCGGAAACGAAAGGUACAGCUCUGACAGGGGGAGAAAAGUGGCACCAUUUUGGGUAUUCUUGAGCUUCAGAAUGCAACCAGACAUGUCCUUGAAUGUCAUGAAGAUGAAAUCCAGUGACUUCCUGGAGAGGGCAGAACUGGACAGCGGAGGCUUCGGGAAGGUGUCUCUGUGUUUCCACAGAACCCAGGGACUCGUGAUCAUGAAAACAGUGUACAAGGGGCCCAGCUGCAUUGAGCACAACGAGGCCCUCCUGGAGGAGGCGAAGAUGAUGAACAGACUGAGACACAGCCGGGUAGUAAAGCUCCUGGGCGUCAUCAUAGAGGAAGGGAACUACUCCCUGGUGAUGGAGUACAUGGAGAAGGGCAACCUGAUGCACGUGCUAAAAGCCGAGAUGAGUAUCCCGCUUUCUGUAAAAGGAAGGAUAAUUGUGGAAAUCAUUGAAGGGAUGUGCUACUUACAUGGAAAAGGCGUGAUACACAAGGACCUGAAGCCUGAAAAUAUCCUUGUUGAUGAUGACUUCCACAUUAAGAUCGCAGACCUCGGCCUUGCUUCCUUUAAGAUGUGGAGCAAACUGAGUAAAGAAGAGCACAAUGAGCUGAAGGAAGUGGACGGCGCCUCUAAGAAGAACGGCGGCACCCUCUACUACAUGGCGCCCGAGCACCUGAACGACGUCAACGCAAAGCCCACGGAGAAGUCAGAUGUGUACAGCUUUGCCGUCGUACUUUGGGCGAUAUUUGCAAAUAAGGAGCCGUAUGAAAAUGCUAUCUGUGAGCAGCAGUUGAUAGUGUGCAUAAAAUCUGGAAACAGGCCAGAUGUGGAUGAAAUCAUUGAGUACUGCCCAAGAGAAAUUAUCAGCCUCAUGAAGCUCUGCUGGGAAGCGGAUCCAGAAGCUCGGCCGACAUUUCCUGGCAUUGAAGAAAAAUUUAGGCCUUUUUAUUUAAGUCAAUUAGAAGAAAGCGUAGAAGAGGAUGUGAAGAGUUUAAAGAAAGAGUAUUCAAACCAAAAUGCAGUUGUGAAGAGAAUGCAGUCUCUCCAGCUUGAUUGUGUGGCAGUGCCUCCGAGCAGGUCAAAUUCAGCCACAGAACAGCCUGGUUCACUGCACAGUUCCCAGGGACUUGGGAUGGGUCCUGUGGAGGAGUCCUGGUUUGCCCCCUCCCUGGAGCACCGGCAAGAAGAGAAUGAACCCAGUCUGCAGAGUAAACUCCAAGAGGAAGCCAACUACCAUCUCUAUGGCAGCCGCAUGGACAGGCAGAUGAAACAGCAGCCCAGACAGAAUGUGGCUUACAACAGAGAGGAGGAAAGGAGACGAAGGGUCUCCCAUGACCCUUUUGCACAGCAAAGACCUUAUGAGAAUUUUCAGAAUACAAAGGUAAAAGGCACCGCUUAUUCUAGUGCAACCAGUCAUGGUAAUGCAGUGCACCAGCCCUCAGGGCUUACCAGCCAACCUCAAGUGCCAUAUCGGAACAAUGUAUUAUAUAGCUCCCAUGGCUUUGGAACAAGACCACUGGAUCCAGGAACAGCAGAUCCCAGAGUUUGGUAUGGGCUACUUCCAAGUCCUAUGUCUAGUCUGCAUAAAAUCCCAGUGCCUGAGACCAACUAUGUAGGAAACACGCCCACGAUGCCAUUCACCUCCUUGCCACUAACAGAUGAAUCUGUAAAAUAUGCCAUAUACAAUAGCACUGGCAUUCAGAUUGGAGCCUACAAUUAUAUGGAGGUUGGUGGGACGAGUUCAUCACUACUAGACAGCACAAAUACGAACUUUAAAGAAGAGCCAGCUUCCAAGUACCAAGCUAUCUUUGAUAAUACCACUAGUCUGACCGAUAAACACCUGGACCCAAUCAGGGAAAAUCUGGGAAAGCACUGGAAAAACUGUGCCCGUAAACUGGGCUUCACACAGUCUCAGAUUGAUGAAAUUGACCAUGACUAUGAGCGAGAUGGACUAAAAGAAAAGGUUUACCAGAUGCUCCAAAAGUGGGUGAUGAGGGAAGGCAUUAAGGGAGCCACAGUGGGGAAGCUGGCCCAGGCGCUCCACCAGUGUGCCAGGAUCGACCUUCUGAACUACUUGAUUUACGUCAGCCAGAACUAACCCUGGAUGGGCUAUGGCAGCUGAAGCGGACUCCUCACUCAGUGAAUAACCCCAGAAAGUUGGCUGCCUCAGAGCAUUCAGAAUUCUGUCCUCACUGAUGGAAGUUCUGUGUCUGCAGAAAUAUUGUUUCCUGUAUUUCAUAGCUGGGGAAUGGGGAAAGAAGUCUGCAGCAAAGGGGUUGCCCAGGCUGGUCUCAAACUUCUGGACUCAAGUGAUCCUCCUGCCUCGGCCCCUCACAGUGCUGGCAUAUCAGGCAUGAGCCACUGCACCCAGCCAACAAUCCACUCUGAGGAAAGCGUAAGCAGGAAGACCUCUUAAUGGCGUAGCACCAAUCAAAAAAUGACUCCUAAUUGGGUUUGGAAAGGGAGAGAAGAGAUAUCUGAGGAAGGUCAUUUUCUUUCAGCUUACGGCAUUUGUUUGGACGAACGGAGGCAAGAUGGCGCAGUUCUGGGUGCUUCACCGUCAACUUUCCCGAGCCGGGAAAGACACAGGUCAACUGCGCAGGCGCAACCCGCCCUCCGACGGCCGGAACCGCCUAGCCACGCCUACCGCCCGGCCGGACCCGCCUAUGUCCCGGCCACUGCCCUCCCACUCCCAGGCCCAGGACAUAAAAGCCGCUCCGGGCUGGCGCACUGCGCGAACUUCCUCAGCCCCCGCUCCUGUCGGGACUGCUUUAGGAACCUCGACCGAGAGCCCCACUGGGUGACUCCCCCGGCCUCCCCUGCCGGACCUCACCCCUCCCCUACAAAGCUGGCUGACCAAAAAAUAAAUUUGCAGUUUUGCUCCUAGCCUUGC